AUUCUGCCUUUCCAGGUCACCACCUUUCCCCGGGAAGAAAGAAGAAAAUGACCAAGUUUCAGGAGGUGCUUACAUUCCAGGAUGUGACUGUGACCUUCACAGAGGAGGAACUGGGGCUGCUGGAGCCCGCCCAGCGAAAGCUAUACCGGGAUGUGAUGCUAGAGAACUUCCAGAACCUUCUCUCUGUGGGCCAUCAGCCCGACAAGCCAGACCUGAUCUCCCACCUGGAGACGGAGGACACCCGCUGGACCACAGAGCUGGGCUUUGAGAGAGGAGCCAGGACAGUGACGUGCCAUCUAGCUGGGGCAAGGUGCCCAUGGCUGAGGGAACUUACAUGCUGGAAGGCCAAGAGAUGCAGAGCCAGCAGACUCACCCGGAUUCACAACUCGGUACUGGACGGUCUGGGAUGGGGGUGUCAGCUCCCCAAGCCACCAGACUCACCCCAUGCGGGCAGGGUGCUGGGUCCAGGCUCAGUGAGGCCCAACUGUCACGUAUCCAAGGAUCAGGGUGAGCAGAACCUAUGGGGAAGCUGUGAGCAAGUACUGGGGAGCAGCCCUCAGCCCUGUGUCAUGGACAGCUUCACCUGUACCUCACAGCCCCUGAGAGACAGAGCCUCCAGCAGUGACUGUAGGACAGACACCUGCCUGAAAAGGGGGCAGGACACGGCCCACAGGGACAGCCCCAGCGUGGCACCAAGUUCGCAGGGACAUACAGGGAAGGAGGACCCCAUAUGCCCCUCACCCCAAAAGGAGCCCUGUAACAGCCUUCCCAGACCCAGGCCCCCAAACCCUCGGCCCGGCAGGAAGCGCUAUUUUUGCCACACCUGUGGAAAGGGCUUCAGACAGAGCUCCAACCUGCAGACCCACCAGCGCGUCCACACCGGUGAGAAGCCGUACUCGUGUCCUGAGUGCGGGAAAAGCUUUAACCAGACCUCACACCUGUAUGCCCACCUGCCGGUCCACACCGGCGAGAAGCCGUACCGCUGCCCGAGCUGUGGGAAAGGCUUCAGCCGCAGCACGGACCUCAACAUCCACUGCCGGGUGCACACAGGUGAGAAGCCCUACAGGUGUGGUGUGUGCGGGAAAGGCUUCACACAGAGGUCGCACCUGCAGGCCCACGAGCGCGUCCACACCGGCGAGAAGCCCUAUGCGUGUGGGGAGUGUGGGAAGCGCUUCAGCUGCAGCUCCAACCUGCACACACAUCGGCGUGUCCACACCGAGGAGAGGCCCUAUGCCUGCGGGGAGUGCGGGAAACGCUUUAGCCUCAGCUUCAACCUCCAGAGCCACCGGCGCGUGCACACAGGCGAGAAGCCCUAUGCGUGCAGCGAGUGUGGGAAAGGCUUCAGCUCCGCUUCCAGCUUCCAGAGCCACCAGCGGGUCCACACGGGCGAGAAGCCCUUUCGCUGCAGUGUGUGCGGGAAGCGUUUCAGCCAGAGCUCCUACUUCCAGGCCCACCAGCGCGUCCACACCGGGGAGAAGCCCUACAAAUGCGACCUUUGCGGGAAGCGCUUCAACUGGAGCCUGAACCUGCACAACCAUCAGCGCGUCCACACUGGCGAGAAGCCGUACAGGUGCGAAGAGUGUGGCAAGGGCUUCAGCCAGGCCUCCAACCUGCAGGUGCAUCAGAGUGUCCACACCGGUGAGAAGCCCUUCCAGUGCCCCGCGUGCCAAAAGCGCUUCAGCCAGGCCUCCCACCUGCAGGCGCACCAGCGUGUCCACACCGGCGAGAAGCCGUUUGCCUGCGUGACAUGCGGGAAGGCCUUCAGCCAGCGCUCCAACCUGCAGGUUCAUCAGAUCAUCCACACCGGCCAGAAGCCCUUCAAGUGCGAGGCCUGCGGCAAGGAGUUCAGCUGGAGCGCGGGGCUCAGUGCCCACCAGCGCGUCCACACCGGCGAGAAGCCCUAUACCUGCUCACAGUGCGGCAAGGGCUUCAGCCAGGCCUCCCACUUCCACACCCACCAGCGGGUCCACACUGGGGAGAGGCCCUACGUGUGCGGCGUCUGCUGCAAGGGCUUCAGCCAGAGGUCACAUCUUGUCUACCACCAGCGGGUCCACGCAGGAGGGAGCAUCUAGCACUCUGGGAGAACUCUCCCUCCUCCUUCCUGGACUGUUCUGCUAAGGGUGGGCCCAAGUUCCUUCAUACUCCAGGGCUUCCAGGAAGGAAGAAGCUUCAAAAGUGCUGU